AUGUCUUCGAAGAUUCUUGUGAUAUUCAUGGCCGUGUUUUCUUUGUGGAGUAUCGCAGGUCAGUUAAUGUCAAUGAGUUAUAAUUUGUAGCAAUAGAUGAGUUUUAUCCUUUUUAUAUACAGUUACAACUUCAAUUUCGCGAAGGGUCUAGUUUAAUACACUAAAUACACGUUUUCCACGAACAUUACCAACAGACUUCCGACUAGCUCUAUUUCCAACUACUGAUCUGCCUGUAACAUACAUUUGUACUGCUUUCUUGGCAUUCUGGAUGCUGCUCAAAGCAAAAAAUAUUUACCUUUUUGGUACUUAUUAAUUUCGCGUUUUUCGUGGAUGAUAAAAAAAUCGCGAAAUUAGAGACUCGCCAAUAAAGACCAGAAUGCCCCCUUAAGUACCAAUAAGUUAGAUAUUUGGGUUACCUCCAUGAAAGAGUGCUUAGGGCGCGCCAUGUUAAACACCGUCUAAGUUUGUUGAAAUGAGCGGCCCAACGUGUUUAACAAAAGCUUGUUUGACAGCCAUAAGUAUAUCGGAGCUUGCAAAUUAUGACAGCAAACUACUGUCUAGCCUGCGUAGCAAGCGUUUCCAAUCGAGUUAUGGCGCGAAAGUUAGAGCGGGAGCAAAAAAAAACUUUUUUUUGCUCUCGUCCCAACUUUUCUCGACGAACUCGCGCGGAAACGUUUGCUACGGAGGCUAACUACUGUCUUACACGUGUUGGAUUUCCCCCUCCCCAGCUUUUGCCUUUUGCUUUUUACCUAUCCAUUUCACUUAAUUAAUCAAUUUGCCUAUUCAUUUUGUUAUUAUUAUUAUUAUUAUUAUUGUUAUUAUUAUUAUUAUUAUUAUUAUUAUUAUUAUUAUUAUUAUUAUUAUUAUUAUUAUCAUCAUUAUUACAAUUAUUAUUUUUUUUUGUUGCUUCUAAAGGCGCGAUAUGUUAUCUUGCCAUAGCCAAGAAGGUGAUCUUUUCACGUGCGAAGAUAACAUGUUAUUUUCAAAUGUGAAGAUAUCAUGUUUUCGCUUGAAAGUUCACCUGGUAAGAGUUGCAUGCUGUUUCACUUGUACAGAUGCUUCAACUGGAGAAUCCAUCGACCUGAGGAUUUAUAAUCCUAACCUUCAGAUGACAGACAAGCAGCUUAGAAAGUUGCUGGAAAGACACAGGCCAGAUCUCUUUUUCGCUGGUUUUCAAGAGGAAGUCACUACGAAACUGAUACAAGGGUCAACGUCCCAGGAGACUUUUUUCUUCUAUAAGGUAGUCGAAUGCUCAAAGGUUCUAGAGGUCAGCAGAGAGAUAGAAUCAUUGAUUACAGGUAAUUCUUAAACCGAGCACUUACACUGUAACAAGAGAACUGGGGAUGAAUUUUAAACCCUCAUCUAUAGUCCUGGGUCGCGUUGUUCGAAAGACGAUCAGUUUGUUACCAUGGCAAGCCGUAUGAUCUGUUUGCAGUUAAGGACGGACCACUUACCCAAAAUUACCGCUAACCGGCUUCAAACAACUGGGUCUUUUUCAAUAAAUUCAGGACGUAUUAAAAACGGCAGUAACCCCCUGUUAUGUGGGAGUUUUCCACGGGCAUCCGCUUUCAUAAUCUUGCGAGAAAAAAGGUUACAUACGUAAAAAACAAAAAAAAUGUGUAUGCUAUAGACAUUGUAUCAAUUUACCUUUCUAGAUUGGCCUAGUUUAUAGGGGUUUAUUUCUAAUUUUCUGACAUACAGCGUCGCCACCUUAACAAGGGAACCACCAAACAACCCCCACCCUCCCCACCGCCCCCGAUAUGAACCUUACAAUCUGUUUGCCGAGAGUCUAGCAAACUCAUAGGCUUUAACUAGAAAACUACAUAAAAGUAACUAAAUACAUUAGAUAAGUGCACAAUUCUCAAGGGCUUUCCUUUCUCACUCUUCUACUCAGGUAUUUUUGGAUUCGAGCUCAUUCAAAAGCUUGGAAAAGAGAUGACAACCCGAAACCUUAGCAACCUGAAGGAGUGUAAAACAGGGCUAGAGGUCCACUUAAUGCAAGAUGAGGGUCGUGAUGCAUCCCGCAAAGCUCGCGCCCUUCUUAACUUACCGAAGCUCUGUGAAGUCACCAAGGUUCAACUAUGA